UGCUGUCGUGUGUUGGGCUUCGCUAUGUCAUCAAAAAAGCAAGGUAGGCUAACCAAGGCUCAGAAGGCAAAGCUGCAGAAAGAAGAAGAGGAAAGGAGACUGCAAGAAGAGGAGGAAGCCCGUCUCCAGGCAGAGAAAGAGGAACAGGAGAGGCAGGAAAGAGAAAGAAAGGAGCAGGAGUUGGAAAAGCUUGAGUUAAAGGAUUUAGAGCGAAGAAAGGAUGAGCUGAACGAACUCCGCCAUCUAUUGGAAGAGAACCAUACUGCAGUCACCAAUUGGAAAGCUGAUGCUGCAGAGAAAGCCAAGUGGGAGAGGUACAUGCGUUGUGAUGGGACACCAGACCCAGCAGUACAGCAGGAAAUCAAUACAUAUAUAAGCUUAUGGAGGGAUGAUCCACAGGUCAACAUCACUCAUGUGCUUGAACAGUGUAAAGUUGCUCUACAGUUAACUGAUGAGCUUGAAGAUCUUCACAGAGAUGGUACAGAUCUCAUAGAGGGCCAGAAGUACCAGGAGGCUUUCAUAGAUCUGCAGGAGCUAAUUCAUUCUAAACACAACCUCGCCACUGAGGAAAUUCUUAAGGAAGCCAGUGCAAAUAUUGACAUUGAAACAGGCAACAUGCAAACUGUGGUCAAAGAUGAGAAUGUUACACUCUGCCUCUGGGCCAACAUCAAGAAGAAUCCAAGGUUUAAAGGGUUUACCUUUGAGGAGGUCAGCCUGGGCUUUGAGCUCCCCAAGCAGCUGGCAGUGAAAGACAUAGCUAUUCGGAUCCUCCACACACACUAUGAUCACCUGUCCUCACUGGCCAGGAUGGCUCACCUGAAAAUACAGACACCCAGCCACAGGUGUCUGUUUGAUCAUGAUUUUAGUACUGCUACUACUGGAUUCUGCAGUCAUUUAAUUGUCAGUUUUCAUGGUUGUGGCAACAGGUCAUUUGCAGGAGGUGAUGAUUUCCUAGUAGACCUUGAGGAGACAAAAGGAGAAGAGGAGGAAGAGGUGACGGAAAAUGAAACUGUGCAGCAAAUAAAAGCGGAUGAAGAAGAAAAGUCUGUCCAAGAGUCUGAAGGGGGGAAGAGUACAGCCAGCCUUCAGUCAAGGACAAAUAGCACCGUGCCUGUAGAAGGUCAGCAAAGCCAGAUACCGACGCAGAUGGAGACACUAUGUGCUGAAGGGGAGUUGACUUCUCCGGCCGUACUAUCGACAGACCACAGAGAGAGAGUGGUGGACUUGAUGCAGUACACGCCUCUCGGUGGAGUCUUCUUCUAUGAUGUUUUCCACCUGCCGCCACAGGCUCACAAGGUCAAUGGUUGGGUAAUCAGACAGAUUUUGGACACAGGGUUACAGAUAUUUCCUUACCCAAAUGAGCAGUCUCAGAUUCCUGGAUCAGUCUCUAGUAAAUUAGAUGACAGUGACGUCCUCAGCUGUUCCUCAGUCAGGGUGUCUGUGAUGCUGCCUGACUCUGUCGUGUUCGUGGAAACCCCAAAAGUGGCCUGUUGGGAUGGUGCAGGGAAGCAGUGGAGGAUGGAGGGCAUCACUGACAUCUCUUACAGGGAGGAAGAGUCCAGAAUCUCCUUCAAGAUGGACUCUUUCCAAACCUUUGUUCUAGUACAGGACAUUUACGCCAAUUUUCCCUUCCUGAGCUGGGAGCUCAGACCACUGGGCCAAGAUUCAGCUCUGUUCACCGUAAAGGGAGCCCUCAUUGACCUGAGCAUCACCAUCCAGAGUAACCAGUGUAUGUUGCAGUCGGACCAGGCCAAAGGUCUUUCUCACCUUACAGGGAAGUGGAUGAGUGGCCCCGCCUUGCAGAGAGCCAUGCUGAACACAGGGAUCAACAUAUUUGUGAAUGAGUUCACUGAAAAAUAUGUCAAAACCUACAGCAAGGAUCCACUCACAGAGCAUUCUGCCUACGAACAGAUGGCUCUUUUCGCCUCUGCCUGUGCUUUCUCAUGGAGCAAGUGGAAUGCCAAAUGUGGACCACAGCAUCUGGUCAUGCAGGUGUGUGAGCACCUUAGCCCCACUCCUGUUCCCAAAGACCUGUGGACUCUCUACCUGCUGGGGGCUGAGAGGAGUCAGAAGCUGGAGAUAAUAGAGAGCAGUGAUGCUUUCUGUCCAGACCACUGUCCUGGCAGCGAGUUUCACUCUACCUUCAUCCACAUGCUUCAGGACAACAUGAGCACUGAAGGCAUUGUAAGAACCAGAGAGUCUAAUUAUCUGUUUGUCGACACAGUCCAGAGUCUACUCUGCUCUACCAGACCACUGAUGUAUUCGUAAACCUUUCGUUCUCUUAACCAAAAAAGCAUUUUAACCAAUAAACUUCCAAAUGUACUUUUGGAUGCACCACACGCUUGUGUUGUAGAACUGGCUACUUUAUUUGUGCAAAGUUUCACGCAUCAUCUUUGGAACAUACAAAAGUGUAUGAAGUUGAAACGGUGACAACCACAGCAAGAGCUCAAUGAGGAAAAUAAUAA